ACUAAACCAGCUCAAGUGCGGGGAACCUGCUCAGUUAUAUCAUAUUAAAACAAACCCAGCAAAUUAAACAUUUUCUCUUACAAUUUCAAUUCUUCGAUGCAAAAACACAAAAACUCUUACAGAUCAGUUGCACAAAUUAGUUCGUAAACUUGUUUUGCUCUAAGUCGCCUGUGGUGGAGGAAUCGCCUACAGUAGCCGACUGACGUCCAUCAAGCUUGGCUCAUAACACCAAUGCGUCACCGCGCAACUGCGUCCGGGUUCAACUUUAAACCACAAAAAUGCCGGAGCUGAGAGAGACGAGUGAGGAGGCCUUAUCGGAACUGACGGAAUAUGCCAAGAAACAAAAAUGGUGGAAGAAGGUCUUUGGCAAGGAUUCUGGGCAGGACAAGUCUUCAGUGGCCACUCAGCUUGUGGUAGGAGGAAUCACGGGCUGGUGUGCAGGGUAUCUGUUCCAGAAGGUGGGGAAGCUUGCAGCUGCAGCAGUUGGAGGAGGUUUCAUUCUGCUUCAGGUUGCGAAUCAUACGGGGUACGUGACGGUGGACUGGAAGAGGGUGGAGAGGGACGUGAACAAGGCCAAGAGACAGCUGCAUCUCAACACCCAGAGGCCCCCGAAGGAGGUGCGGACAAAGGUGGAGCAGGCUCAAAUGUUUGUGAAGAAGAACAUGGUUCUCACCGGAGGAUUCGCUGGGGGCUUCCUACUGGGCCUGGCAUCUUAGGAAAUGUAUUUCUUGUUUAUUCUCUUUUAAAAGAUUCUUCGUUUUCUUAGUGUGCAUAUAUUACACACAAUCGAUCACGUGUAGAUUUAAAAUAAAGUAUUUUUGCAUCUUAAAAAGAACAUUCUGAAAGCUUGAUGUGCAAAUAUAGGCUUUUAAAAAGUUGUUCACAUUAAGAAUCAGCUUGUACUUUUUUUUUUUUUUUUUUAGAUUGCUUAAGCAUGGCCAAAGGACAUGUAAUUCAGUUUAAUAUUUAAUUUGCAAUGUAUGCUGUUCAUUUAUAGUAAUGAAAUGUGGAAAGACAGUAUGUAAAGGUGUGUAUGCAGCUCUUGGAUUGAGCAGCAUUUUUCCCAGGGUAUUUCUCCUGCUCACACAGGAUGGCACUGAUCGUUCUCCCAGCACAGACGGGAUUUUAAUAAAUGAAUUACAGUGGUAAUCAGAUGUUAUUAAUGCUUAUGUAAUAUCAGUGGAUAUCAAAGCAUAGUAAAGUUCCAGCGUAAGAAUGUUAAAAAUGUAUUAAAGUUACUGGAUGACA